AACUUUGGACAUACUAGAUGAGCAACGCAGCGGCACUGUAGCAGCUUAGCACCUCUCCGUGCGCGCACGGUCAACAAUAGUGUUGUUACAUUUAACCAAAAUAUUAGAUAGUGCUUCGGAAUUAUGUCGGGAAGCGACAAUGACUCGGUUGACAUGACCAGAACAGCCUCCCCGGUACAUCACAGAAAAAAACACAGCAUGGAGUCAUCCAGAUCCCCCAGGAGCUCCAAACACUACCAUUCACGGUCACGGUCACGCUCCAGGGACCGAAAACGUGACAGAAAAUACCGACGCAGUCGCAGCAGGAGUAAAGAGGGACGAAAGGGGGACUCUGAGAAGCCAUCGAAAUCACACAGAAAAACAGACGAGCGGCAAGAGCCGGAGAGACUUUCAGCGGAGAAUGGAGAGGAGCGAUCCAGACGCAAAGAGAGGAGACCCUCCAAGGGGCGGAGCUUGUCCAGGUCCCACUCGCGAGAGAGACGGCCUCACAGCAAAAGUAAGGACAGGCGACGAUCCCGAAGCCGUGACAGGAAGAAGAAAGCUCGGUCUCGCUCAGGUUCAAGGACCAAACAUCGCCAUCACAGCAGAAGUCGCAGUAAAAGCAGGGAGCGAAAGAAAAAGAAUGAGAAAGUGCGCAGGAAGAGUCGAAGCAGGUCUGUUAAUCCACCUGCCUUCCGGGGCCGAAACGCAGCUAUGGAUGCACAAGAGGCCCUGGCCAGAAGACUGGAGAGAGCCAAGAAACUACAAGAGCAAAAAGAGAAGGAACUGCUGGAGAAACAGCAGCAGAAUGAGAUAGUUGCAGUGACUGCGCCCAUCGCGGCAGUUGCAACCGCAGUGGCCACCACCCACCCUGCCCUGAAUGUGGCAGCCCUCCUGGCCUCUGGGACCCAGGUCACGCCUCAGAUAGCCAUGGCAGCACAGAUGGCAGCCCUUCAAGCAAAGACGCUGGCAGAAACUGGCAUUGCUGUUCCCAGCUUCUACAACCCAUCCGCUGUGAACCCCAUGAAGUUUGCAGAGCAGGAGAAAAAGAGGAAGAUGCUUUGGCAGGGAAAGAAGGAGGGGGAUGCUUGUAUUUUUAAGGACAAGUCACAGACAGCAGAGUUGUGGGAGAAGCUGAACUUUGGGAACAAGAACCAAAAUGUUAAAUUCCGCAAACUAAUGGGUAUCAAGGGAGAGGACGAACCUGAAGUGGCCAAACCACUGAAUGAGGAGGGUUUGAAGACUCUUCAAAAGCAGGAGGAGAUGUUUAGGAACCUUGACGUUCAGUAUGAGAUGGCUCGCUCUCAGACACACACCCAGAGGGGAAUGGGCCUCGGUUUCACCUCCUCCUUCUCACGUGGCAUGGAUUCCAUCUAGGGCCAAAUAUUGGACGUCUAUGCCACUCAUGUGAUCGUAUAGGACCACUAAUUCAUCGCUAGCCCUCAAGCUCGCCCGGAUCUGUAAUUUAUUUAUAGACAAACAUCUUGCAUAUUGGAACAUAUAUUGUAAAUAGCCUGAUGCAGAGUUUGUCGCAGUGUUCAUGAAUCUGUACUGUAAUCUUUGCAAAAGGAGGCAUCGUUUGACUGGUUGAUACUGGUUCAAAUUAGAUAUGUUUGAAUAAUGUGGUAGCUUUUUUUUUUUAAACUCAUAUAUUGAUAUGUGAUUGUUUCAACAUAAACUGAAUAUAAUGUGGUUCAAGUAAACCGUUUACAUCCACUUAACAAAAAAAAAAGCAAGAUUAACUUUAGAUGCUUAUCUGAAUGACAUGGAUUUAUUUUUCCUGCCUGGAAAUGAAAACCUAAACUGAGUUUUCAUUUUGUCUUUUGGAUUGUGACGGACAUCGAUGUGCUUGAUGGAAGAUUCACACACUUCAAAGCUUUUUUAAAUAAAAAUUUGUGUUAAAUAAGA